AUGUGGAGCUUUGACCUUGAGGGACGCGUUAUCACGCUGGGCGAGCGAAAGCUCCGGAUCGAAGACCAGUUGACCGAGGUCCUAGACCAGGAGCUGGGUGAGCGCACCCUUCUCCUCAAGGCCAGAAACCUGGAAAGCAAGGCGGUUUCUUUGGUUCGGAUGCGCUAUCAGCUAAACCCGCGGGGCUUCGAGAUGGACACCGAAGACGCGAGGAGGGAGGUCCGGCAGAUCGCGGAGCACGAGUUUCUUCACGAGUGUGACGCUGUCAAGCUGCUGGGUGAAGCCGGGCUGGGACCAAAAUAUUUCGACCACUUCAUGUGCUCCCAGCCGAACUGGAUGCCCUUCCCCAGUGGAUAUGGCCACUUCCUGGUGAUGACGGUGCCCCCGGGUGAGAGCCUCGAGGAGAUCAGCGACGAGCUCACCGAUCGCCAGCUGGACGGCAUCCGGACGCAGCUGGCGCGCAUUCUAGAGCUACUACGCGAGAACGGCCACAAGCUGGUCGAUCAACAUCCGAGUUAUCUGAACUACGAGGUCGGCACCAACAAGCUCUACCUGGUCGAUCUCACCCACCUUCGCGGAACCGACCCGACCAGCAAAACCUCGUUCCCGAUCGACGAGGAGAGCCCGUACGUGGAAGCGUUCAAUCUCUGGCGUGCACCGUAUCGGAAGCCUCAACAGGGCCCGAAGGAAGCGAGCAAGGCGCCGCCGCGAUCGGGAGAAAAGUCGACCGGAAAGACACCAUCGUCCGAUCAGCCCACCAAGAAGGAGAAUCGCCCCCCAUGGAGACAUUGA